AUGGUUAAUUGGCAGCACCACGGUUCUCCUCUAUCACUCUCGGCUUUCAGUUGGGCUAGUAGAGACGCAUGGGCUGCACAAGUCAUUCAACGAAACGGCUUGUUCUACUACUACGUUACGAUCACCAAUGACGCUACCGGCGGAAGAUCCAUCGGCGUUGCAGUGAGCGAGGAGAUCACGGGCCCUUAUCGAGACGCAAUCGGAAAACCUCUUGUCGAAGAUGGUCAGAUCGACCCAACCGUCUUCAUCGAUGAUGACGGUCAGGCCUACUUAUACUGGGGCAACCCGGGCCAUUCAUACGUCAGACUGAACGAGGAUAUGGUCUCAUACAGCGGCAAUACUAUCCAGGUUGAACUCACGGUAGAGAGCUUCGGAGAGCGAAUCGGAAACCCUUAUCGGAAGACUACACUUGAGGAAGGUCCUUGGUUCUACAAGUGCAACGGCCUGUACUAUAUGGUUUUCGCUGCAAACUGCUGUAGUGAGGAUCUCCGAUACUCAACUGGGCCCAGUGCUACCGGCCCCUGGACUUAUCGCGGUCUCAUUAUGCCCGUGCAGGGUAGAGCCAACUCGAAUCACCCAGGAGUCAUUGAAUUUGCGGGGAAAUCUUACCUUUUCUAUCACAACGGGGCUUUAGUUGGAGGUGGCAAUAACCUUCGCUCAGUCUCAGUCGAGAGCUUCACCUACACCUCAAAUGGUUCGAUUCCUCAGAUGAAUAUGACCGCAGAGGGGCCAGAGCAAGUCGUUGCACUGAACCCAUUCAUUCGCCAGGAGGCAGAGACGAUCGCAUGGUCUCAAGGCAUCCAGACCGAUGCGAUCGGGGAUGGUGGCAUUCAGGUCUCUUUUAUCGAGAAUGGGGGUUUCAUUAAGGUCAAGGGUGUCGCAUUCGACAAUGGUGCAACCGAAUUCAGGGCGCGAGUUUCGUCGGCGACCGCUGGCGGCGAUAUCGAACUACGUCUUGAUAAUAGUGCUGGUUCACUUAUUGGAGUUUGUCAUGUGCCAUCAUCUGGAGGGUGGGAUGUUUGGAUCACUGUAUCCUGCCCAGUGGUUGAUGCCGUUGGCACUCAUGACCUGUAUCUCAACUUUAUUGGCAUUGGAGGAGGUUAUUUGUUCAAUUUUGACUGGUGGCAAUUUCAGUAA